AUGGCGGACAAGGAAGCCAUCGUCUAUGUGAUGGACCUGGGCAAGCCCAUGGCGGACUGCCACAACGGACGUGACGAAUCCGACCUCGACUUCGGCAUGCGCUACAUCUGGGACAAGAUCUCAACCACCGUGGCCGCCAGCCGCAAGACCUGGAACGUAGGCGUCGUGGGCCUCAACACCGAUGAGACAGACAACAACGAAAACAGGGAAGAGUACCAGGGCUACGAAAACAUCUCGGUCCUCCAGGAGCUGGGACCCAUGUCCAUGACUUCGCUCAGGGCAUUGAAGAGCCAAAUUGAGCCUUCCGAGACCUCCAGCGCGGACGCUAUCUCGGCAAUUGUGGUUGCUCUCAGGAUGAUCCAGGUGUACACCAAGAAGUUGAAGUAUAAGCGGAAGAUUAUCCUCGUGACGAACGGGGAGUCGCCUAUUGAUGAUGAUCAAUCUGAAGACGUAGCGGCCAUGCUUAAUAAUGUGGGGAUCGAACUUGUCGUGAUCGGUAUUGAUUUCGACGAUGCAGAGUAUGGCUUCAAAGAGGAAGACAAGACACAACACAAGGCCGAAAAUGAGAGGAUUCUCAAGACGUUGGUUGACCUCUGCGAGAACGGCGAGUUCGGCACCAUGGCCCAGGCAGUGGAAGAACUCGCCAUUCCCCGAAUCAAGCCCGUUCGGCCUUUCAAGGCAUACGAUGGCCCCCUGACGCUCGGAGAUCCUCAAAAAUACCCGAGUGCUCUGAGUAUACCAGUUGAGCGCUACUUCAAGACCAAGCGAGCAACACCUCCGUCAGCGAGCAAUGUCGCCAUCCAUACUGGGCCGCCUCAGGCAGAGGUUAUCGACGAGGACAGCGGCGCACCGAUGAGUGGUGUGGAGUUUCAGCCAGUCAAGCAACUGCGCACAUACAGAGUUGAUGAUGCCAAGGCAGCAGGAGGGAAGAAAGACAUCGAGAUGGAGGACCUUGCCAAGGCAUAUCAAUAUGGGAGGACCGUAGUCCCCUUCAGUACAAGCGAGGAGGAUUACGUGAAGUACCAGACAACGAAGAGUUUCACCAUCAUCGGCUUUGUCCCCAUGAGCAGCUACGAACCAUUCAUCAACAUGGGAGAGACAGGCCUCAUUGUUGCCCAGAAGGUUAAUGAGCAAGCGGAGCUCGGCUUGUCGGCUCUUAUUCAUGCUUUACAUGAGCUUGAGUCUUACGCGGUGGCCAGGUAUGUCAAUAAAGACAAAGCGGCACCACAAAUCCUUCUUCUCAAGCCAAACCCGGCAAUCGAAGACGAUGUUGAGUGCUUGUACGAUGUCCCACUACCGUUUGCGGAGGAUGUCAGAAGUUAUCAAUUCCCUCCGUUGGACAAGGUGUUGACCAUUACGGGCAAUGUACUCACGGAACAUCGCCUUCUGCCCAACGAUGAUUUACAGCAGGCGAUGGGCGACUAUGUCGAUGCAAUGGACCUGACCGAUUUCGGGCAGGAUGAGGAUGGAAAUCCUGCGGAAUACGCGCCCAUCGAUGACGUCUAUAACCCCGUCAUUCACCACAUGAACCAAGCGACCCGCAAUCGCGCAGUGAACCCCGAAGCUCCCCUACCACCCGUAGCCGAUAUUCUCACACGCUUCACGCAUCCGCCUGAGCCACUGAUAGCUAAGGCCAAGUCAGAGAUCAACGGAUUGAUAGAAGCAGCAGAGGUCAAGAAGGUUCCACCAAAGGUGCAAGGCAAACGCGGGAGGAAAGACACCGUCAAGCCCCUCUCCGGCUUGGACAUCGACGCCCUUCUCGGAAAAACCCGGCCACGAGCGAAGAAGACGCCCAUAUCCGCGGAAAACGCGAUUCCCGAAUUCAAGCAGAUCCUGGAAACAGCAGAAGACGACGAAACCAUUGAGACGGCCGCCAAGCAGAUGGGCGAUAUCAUCCGCAAGCUUAUCAGCGACAGCUUUGCGGAUGUGCUGUACCCCAGAGCUGCAGAGAACCUGCGGGUGAUGAGGGAGGAGCUCAUAAGCAUGGAGGUCCCGACACUUUACAACACGUACCUCACGGAACUCAAGGAUAGCUUGCUUUCGGGUAAGUUGAAUGGGGAUCGAAGGGAGAUGUGGUUUAGAUGGGUUGUUGGUGGGCGCUUGGGGUUGAUCACACAGGACGAAUCUGAGGUGUCGGAGGUUGGUGAGGAUGAGGCGAAAGCUUUCCUUAAGUGA